AUGGUUGGCGCAGCGCAGUACCAGGACAAGGAGAUCGACUGGGUUCUCUCCGCUGUUGUUAGCAAGAAGAAACAAUCAUAUAUCCAGGCUCACUUCAAAGAGAAGUUUGGCCGUGCAUUGAACCACAACCAGAUCCGCUAUAUCAAGAACAAAUACGGCAAAGAUCCUAGGUUCAAUAGCCCGUUGGUGAAUAUUCGUGCUCCUGUGAGAGCCACAACUCCCGAGCCAGACGGCUCGAGCGAUCAUGAAGAUGGUGAAACACAGGGGAAUGCAAUUGCCUUCGAAAACCAAAAGGAAGCUGGGCCUUCGAUGGCCACAGAAGUGGAGCAGAAUGAGCCAGAGGAUGAUGAUAUGACAGCAACGCAUCCGAAACGCAAGAGAGGUAGCCAUGAGCAAGGAGAUGCGCUCGAAAGAUUGAUAAAGCAAACCACCAAAUCCCAGCGUUUGAAUUUCAGCCCACAGCCUGCUACUACUCAGGAGCGAAUCCUUAGAAGCCAUCUAGGCGAGACCUUUUUGCAACAGCAGAAUAUCUCGGAUAUUCACUUACCCGUAUCACAUACCCAUACACAUCCGCAGCCAAUGGCACUGGCCUCCCUGGAGGAUAACUGCUACGAUCCCCUAUAUUCAGGAAUAUUUCAUGGCAUCCAGCAUCCGCAAACUUUGCCGCUGCACAGUACAAGCACUAGUAUUGGUUGGAUGCCGUCCAUAUCAAUGAGUGGUCAUAGUUGGGAUGCGGCUAGGAAUACACCGGUAUUCGAGAGCAUCAGCAGUGGCGUUGAUCCUUCAGCCAUGAUACAGGCAUCCCCAUCUCCGAUGAUAGAUCAGCAUCAAAAGAUGGAACAUAUUAUGUUUCAGUCACCAGCUACAGCCCAGUACCAACUUCGGCUGCCAUCUUCUCAACUGGUCUCCCAACAGGUCUCGCAGAUUUCCCCUGCUACACCUAGCCUCAGUCUGGCCCCCUAUACGGACCACCAAGAACAACAACAUCACCAACUGCUACAACAAGAGCAGCAGCUCCACUCUCAUAUUGGCACAGGAAUUACUUCAACUUUUCCUAGUUCUGGAAUAUCCAGUUUAGAGAGCCAAACAUGUGCAGAAAAUCUAUCAGGGGUAGUUCCUCAAUUAAUCCCAAGCUUUCAGGAGGUUCCUAUUGAGUCAACAUGUCCUCAACACAGCACCAAACAUUUGAAUUUGGCCGAGAUGGGGAGCUGCGUGAGUUGGGCUCACACUACCGCUUCUCUCAAUUCAUCCCCCCAAGAUCUCUCUCUAUUCAACUUUACCUCAUCGCCAAUGAGUUUUCCUAUUGAAAAUGUAAGACACGCGGGUCUUACAGCUGCUUCUUCGCAAGUAAUGCAUCAAUCAGUCCUCAACAAUCCUAAUAUAUAUAGUUCAAGCUUUCAUACUCAAGGGCAUGGUCAACAACAUGUCAACUUUGAUGCUAGCGCAUUCGAACUCCUAAGCAUGGCCCAGACCCCUAUUCUGAACACGACAACCGCCAUGCCGUAUACGCAACUCUCAUACCCAGUGAGCAAUUCGACGAUGGCCUUUUCGCCUUUGAUGGUGCAAACUGGAUACCGGCCUCAUUUGUUCCACAGUCAAUCGACUCCUGGAUCGUAUGUUCACGAUUUACACGGCGCGGCUAACGAUGUGUCUAGCACGAUUGACCCAAGACUGCUAGCUACGAACUCGACUUCCCCUCAUCCUUGCACAUCUAUGCCACCCUUGGAUGAAGCUAAACAUGAAAAGGAACCGCCCACAACGAUUUCAUCGCCUUGAGACUGUUUGAUAUACGCCAUUUCGUGGGAGGCUAUUAUCGUUUCUUCUUUUCUUUUUCUUGUAACGGUGUAAAUCGG